AUGCUGAGAAAUCUUGGCAUACGUGUCACAAGACCAGCGUUCUUCAUGGAUAUGAAGGAAGAAUUUUGCAAUGAAAACAAUCAUAAUUUCGAAAAGUCGCUGCUAAUUCAGCCGCCGUUUAUGAAAGACGAUUCGAAUUGUUCACUGCCAGACUCGAUCAACUACUCAAUGAAUGAUUUGGGGUUCAACACUCAGAAUGAUGAGAUAUCGCAACGAUAUGACGCCAUUGCAAAGAAUAGUCAUUUGACUAUUCCUAUUUCGUUGGCGGUGGACGGGUUUCGACCAGUUAACCAUAAUAGAAACGAAAUAACACCAAUAUACGUUCGUUUAGAAGGAGUUGGAAGAAAAUCAAAAGAAAAGGUCGAUUCUGUUAUUCUUGCAGCCUUAAUAACAGGACCAAACAGCUUAAAUCACACGAAUUGUGAUAUUAUCAUGAGCAGGCUAAUAAAUGAACUUGAUGAGAUUCGAUUUGAACCCAUUCGUAUUGACAAUAAUAAUGAAAUCUACUACAUCGAUUUUCAACCAGCUAAAAUGUAUUGCGAUUUGAAAGCUGCUCGUUUGAUGUAUACACUUCCGAAUUGGCAGAAGCUCGAAGGAUGUGCAUUAUGCACAAUUACAGACAUCAAGGAUUCUCUUCAAUAUAUUGUCGCUGUUACCCGUUUACACCGUCGACACCCGCAUUUUCUUUUCUGCAUUUAUCAAUUACGUCGAACUCUGUUUGGAUGCCAAAACGGAGAUUGA